GGAAGGGUGGAGACUGGUUAGGAGAUGGGAGAGGUUUGUGCAAAGGGUGGGGCCUGGUGAAGGGGCCUGGGUCCCGAGCAAUGGGUGAAGGGGCCUGGCUUGAAAAAUUGAAGAAACUUGCUAAGGUUAGUGGGAAACCGGGAGGCCCAGCGUACGGUGUGGAGUCUGACUAAGGUGUGGCUUAGAGAAAAGGCCGCCAUGGCAAGGGGGGCCCCCAGUGUGGGUUUGCAGUUUGGGGGGUUUUAGUGGAGCUAUCGGGUCUUGAACACAGGCUAAGGAAAGGCUGAGAAAAUGAUAGGGAAAGGAGAUGAUAGAAAAAAUGGGACUUAUUUGGGGGAAAAGUUGGGUGGGAUUUGGAGGCAGGUCCCGGUGAAGACCUAACUUAGAAAAGUCAAAUUAACUUGGAAGUGUAUGGGAAUAAAGGAAUUAAGAAGAACUUACGCAUGCAAACUGCUCAGUUCAUUCUUUGCUGUGCCUCGGCUUUCCUAAGUCCGUUGACUGUGUUGCUACAGUUUCACUUAGCUCCAAGCAUCACUGUGUGAGAGAAAGCCCCCAGCCACCCCUGGACCCGCCACCAUGGACGAGUCCUCGCUGCCUGGGGUUCCUGCCCCUCUCGCUGCCCCAGGGCCAGCACCGUCGGCCACUGCUCCUCGGGUGCCCUUUCACUGCAGCGAAUGUGGCAAGAGCUUCCGGUACCGAUCCGACCUGAGGCGCCACUUUGCUCGGCAUACGGCACUCAAGCCCCACGCGUGUCCUCGCUGCGGCAAGGGCUUCAAGCACAGCUUCAACCUGGCUAACCACCUGCGCUCACACACCGGCGAGCGGCCCUACCGAUGCUCCGCCUGCCCCAAGGGAUUCCGAGACUCCACCGGCCUGCUGCACCACCAGGUCGUCCACACCGGUGAGAAGCCCUACUGCUGUUUGGUGUGCGAGCUCCGCUUCUCCUCCCGCUCCAGCCUGGGCCGCCACCUCAAGCGGCAGCACCGGGGCGUGCUUCCGUCUCCCCUGCAGCCGAGCCCCGGCCUGCCUCCCCUGAACUCCCCCUGCUCAGUGUGUUGCAACGUGGGUCCCUGUUCGGUUUGUGGAGGCGGAGGGGCCGGGGGAGGAGAGGGCCUGGAGGGAGCAGGGGCCACCAGCUGGGGACUGGCAGAGGCGGCAGCUGCCGCGGCGGCCUCGCUGCCCCCGUUUGCAUGUGGCGCCUGUGCUCGGCGCUUUGACCACGGCCGGGAGCUGGCUGCCCACUGGGCCGCGCACACCGACGUGAAGCCCUUCAAGUGCCCCCGCUGCGAGCGCGACUUCAACGCGCCGGCGCUGCUGGAACGCCACAAGCUUACGCACGACCUGCAGGGGAGCAGUGCACCCCCGACGCAGGUCUGGGCCUCGGGUGGGGGUCCAGAGGAGGUGGCGGGAGAUGUCGAGGCAGUGGAGGUGGGGGAUGCCCCGCCGGCCUGGGACGCCGGGCUGCUCCUGAGCCCCACCGGGGCAGGCAUGCCGAAGCUGGAGGCACUGCUCCCCGAGGGCGAGGGUGCCGAGAAUGCCCGGGCCCCGGCCGCCGCAGCCGAGGCGUCCUCGGAAGACACACUGUACCAGUGCGACUGCGGGACCUUCUUCGCGUCUGCCCCCGCCUUGGCCAGCCACCUAGAAGCGCACUCGGGCCCAGCCACCUACGGCUGCGGCCACUGCGGGGCGCUGUACGCGGCGCUGGCCGCCCUGGAGGAGCAUCGGCGGGCCAGCCACGGUGAGGGCAGUGGGGAGGCGGCCCCUGCCGGCGAGGGCCAGCAGGUGGCUGGAGGGCCGGGGCCCGGCUCCUCCAGCCGUGGCAAGAAAAUCUUUGGCUGUUCCGAGUGCGAGAAGCUGUUUCGCUCGCCUCGCGACCUGGAACGGCACGUGCUGGUGCACACAGGGGAGAAGCCCUUCCCGUGCCUGGAGUGUGGCAAGUUCUUCCGCCACGAGUGCUACCUCAAGCGCCACCGGCUGCUGCAUGGCACAGAGCGGCCCUUCCCCUGCCACAUCUGCGGCAAGGGCUUCAUCACGCUCAGCAAUCUCUCUAGGCACCUGAAGCUGCACAGGGGCAUGGACUGAACGGCCAGGCCACUCCGGCCCUCCAAGUCCAGAGCUAGACCAUAAGAUGAGGCCCUUGCCUGGAAAAAUGGUGCCACCCAGAACCCACACAGGACCACAGUGAAGCAUCCUUCGGCAAAGGGGUCCAAGGACAUAGUUGGUGGGGACUGAAAUCUACAGAGAGACUCUUGACUAUGAGACCCCUGGAAUGGGGGCAUGCUCAAAUCUACUGGCCUCCGAGACCGGGAACUUAGGAAUAAAAAACGGGUCUCCACUAACACCUCCCAGCAGGUAAUAUGCGGGCACCCCCACGGUCCUACCACCCACUCCCUGAGAGCCAUCAUUCCCAACGACGUUCAUCUGAGGGAUGUCGGGGCCAACAUCUUGGAAUCCUCAGGAUCCCCUCCAGAUGACACCUGUCAGCCACUGGUGGCCCCAGAAAAUGAGUAUAGCCAGAAUCUGCCUUUCCCCCAUUUUACUUCCUAUGCUGAAAGAGGACCAGGGUAGACGCCCCCACCUUCCAUUAACCUACUCUCAGAUUAGGUCUCCCUUACUGCAGAAUGGUCUGAUGCUACUGAUCUCCCUCAUCUUGAACACUAGUUUAGACUGGCCCAAAGUCCCUGCCCUGUAGGUUGGAUUGACCCAGAUACACAUAUUCCUGUGCACUUGGAAUGGGCUGGUGCAGGUUGUGGCCUGGCUCCACUCUCCUUAGAGUAAUAGGGCAGACAUUCCCUUAAGCUGUAGAGUGCAGUCCUCUGUCCAUGGUUGUCCUGAGACCUGGAGGAGGUGUAGACAUUGGGGUUCCCCUCCCCUCAGCUGUAGUACCUGUUGGUCUUUCCAUCACUACCAACUGUCUCUGUGUUCCAACCCCAAGAGGAAAGGGGGACUUGGCUAGGGGGUUCUCUCCCGUGAGCCUCAACCUCACCCCCUGGUCUCUCCAGUGUCUCUGGGACUCCAAUAAACCUCAUUCUGUCAGUCA